AUGGUUGUAUCAGAUGGGGGUCCAGUGUUUAUAAAGGCAAUUAAUUGGUCAGGUGAGUUCAAAGACAAGCAUUACAUUGCUAGGGUGUUGAAGGAUGCUAUAAAAGAGAUUGGACAUGAAAAAGUUGUCCAAGUCAUCACUGAUAGUGCUAAUGUGAUGAAGACUGUUGGAGCUCUUAUUGAGGGUGAGUUUCCUAAAAUAUUUUGGACACCUUGUGUUGUUCACACUCUCAAUCUAGUUUUGAAGAAUAUUUGUGCAGCAAAAAACACUGAAAAGAAUGAAGUUACAUAUGAGGAAUGUAGUUGGAUUACACAUGUUGCUAAUGAUGCAUCCUUCAUACGUGUUUUUAUCAUGAACCAUUCAAUGAGGUUGGCAAUGUUUAAUGAAUUUUGUCCAUUAAAAUUGCUCCAAGUUGCUGAUACUAGAUUUGCUUCGGUAGUUGUAAUGUUGAAAAGGUUGAAGUUGAUAAAAAGAUACCUUCAAGCCAUGGCUAUUAGUGACCAAUGGGUUUCUUAUAGGGAGGAUGAUGUUGGAAAAGCUCAAAAGGUGAAAGAUAUGAUUCUAAGUGAUCUUUGGUGGGAUAAUAUUGAUUAUAUCCUUGAAUUCACAGCACCCAUUUAUGAUAUGCUACGAAUAGCCGACACAGAUAAGUUUUGUCUUCAUCUUGUGUAUGAGAUGUGGGAUUCAAUGAUAGAAAAGGUGAAGGCAGUAAUAUAUCGGCAUGAAGGCUUGGAAGAUGAUCAAUAUAGCUCAUUUUUGGGUGUGGUGUAUGAUAUACUCAUUGAUCAAUGGACUAAAAAUUGUACACCACUACAUUGCUUGGCUCAUUCCUUAAAUCCUAAGUAUUACUCCAUUGAAUGGCUUUCAGAGAAUCCAAAACGCAUCCCUCCACAUCGGGAUCAUGAAAUUUCUAUGGAAAGAAGCAAGUGUUUGGAGCGAUACUUUGAAGAUGAGAAUGACUUAACGGUGGUGAAGUUUGAGUUUGCUAAAUUUUCAGGAGGGAGAAACAAAAUGGCUCCUGCACGCGCUGAGGAUUUGGUAUAUGUGCAUUCUAAUCUUCGACUCUUGUCAAGGCGCAAUGAAGAGUACAUACAUACAACAACAAAGAUGUACGAUAUUGCAGGAGACUCUUGGAAUGAGAGCGACAUGCAUGGAAGAGCUGGAAUUCUUGAAAAUGCAGCUCUUACACUUGAUGAGCUAGAGUUGGAGGCUAUAGUUAUUGGGAAUGUUAACACUAGUGCUACUACUAGUGAAAGUGAAGCUCGAAGUGAAGCUAUUGAUCUUGAGGAUGAUGAUCUUUGUGUUUGA